AUGGCGAACACUUUCCUCGACUUGACUCUUCUCAUCAUCAUCUUCCAUUUUUUUCUGACCACUCUUUCCAAGAACUUAACCACCAUUCUUACAGACCAGUUCGCUCUUCUUGCAUUGAAAGACCAUGUUAUCCAGGAUCCUGGAAAUGUGUUGGCAACCAAUUGGUCAUCUUCUACUCCUGUUUGCAAUUGGUUUGGUGUCAGCUGCGGGUCCAACCACCGCAAAGUCACAGCUCUAAACCUUACUGGUUUGGGAUUUGUAGGCACCCUUCCACCCCACUUAGGAAAUUUAUCAUUCCUUUCUCUUCUUUCAAUCAAAGAUAACAGUUUUCAUGGCAGAUUACCAGUCCAGUUAUCAAAUUUGCACAGGAUGAAACAUAUAGACUUGGGUAACAACAGCUUCAGUGGAGAAAUCCCAUCGUGGUUAGGAUCAUUAACUCAACUUCAGGUGUUGCGUCUGUACUACAACAACUUCAAUGGUGUUAUCCCAUUCUCUUUAGGAUACUUGCAAAAGCUGGAGGAGUUGAGCUUGUAUGGAAACAAGCUUUCGGGUUCAAUACCCUCCUUCGUUUUCAACAUAUCUUCCCAAUUUUAUACUUAA